AUGUCCUUCACUCCCCACGGGGACCCCCGGACUCGCCCCGCGGCGGGCGCUGCCUGCACGCAGUCGGUCCUGCCCCGCCCGGUCCGGCCCCGCGCGCCGCCGGCCGUGCGGGGCCCCGGCGCCGCCACCGCCCCCCGACGGGCCGCGCGCGGGGCAGGGCGGAGGCGCGCGGCGCUGACCGCCCCCGGCCGGCACCGCCGCCCGCCCAGCCCGCCGUCCGCGUCCGGCCGUCCCGCUGCGCUCCCGUGCCCCCGCAGGGGCUGUAGGGCCGGGCGCGGCCUCGAGGGGCGAGGGCGGCGGGGCCCCCGGAGCCAUGCGCUGAGCGCCCGGAGCAGCCGGCGAGCGAAGUUGGGGUGGAAGAUGAACAACGCCGAAAUCUCAAAACCACCAUUAGCACCAAAACCAAAGAUUAUUGGUCAUCUUUCUCCAGCACCUGUCUCCAAAUUUUCUCCUUCACUGCCAAGAGCUGAUAUUCUUCAUCACCCGAACUCUCUGUCUAGGGGUCCCAAACCACCUAUUGCUCCCAAGCCAAAAUUCUCAGCUGACACUGAGGGCAAAUCCAGUGUUUCUAACAACAAUAAUUUAAAUAAAUGUGCAAAUGGGAAACUGCUGUGUCUUGGUGGAGAACUGUGUGAAGGAAACCAAUGCAAUGCUGAUUGCCUAGGAUCUGAGGCAGAUAAUGAAUACAUUGUAUUUCCUGAAGCUCAGCUGCCCAGCAAAGACUCUAAUGAUUUGGAGCAUGAGCAUGAUCAAAACUUAGAUUCCUCUGUGGAAAAUGAAGUCUCAGAAACUCCAGAAAAGGUAGAGAAGGAAGAGGAUAACAUAGCUAGUGAUGAGAAUACCAGUAAUCAAGAAGUCUUCGGAGAUGAGCUCUGUAACUCUUCAGAUGCUGCUGAACCAAGGGAACCAGACUCUGAGGAGUCAUCCAGAGACUGUGACCAGUCCAAAGCACUUUGUGAGGAGUCAUUAGAUGCCCCAGACAGGGAUAACAAUGCUACCAGGAAUGUAGAUGAAGUUGAGGAUUUUGUAGGUGAUUGUACUGAAACCAAAAACAGGCAAGAAACUUCUUACAACCUGGAACUGGUCAAGAACAGUAGUGAUUGUGAGACUGACAGUGAUAACAUUUUGAAUACAGAUGAGAAAGUAAUGGAUGAUACUUGUAGAGAUAUCAUUGCAAUGCCACUGCCUGCAGAUGAAUCAAUCCCAGCUUGUGAGAAGGUAGGGCAAGAGGAGGAACUGCCUGAGAUUUUAGAAAUGGCAGAUGGGUGUCUAGCACAAAAUGAUGACUGCAGUGUGCAUGCAGAGCUUGAUUUGAACAUGGAAUGGGAUUUAGAAAAUGAUGACUGUGCAAACCCUGACAUGCUGCCUGAGGAUGCCAGUGAAGAAACAGGUCCUGACUUAGAACUGUGUGGAGAUGAACGCGGUGCCAAAAACAGUUUAGCAGAGUUCACCCAUCAAGCAGCAGCUGAAGAGGAGGAAGUAGACCCAAAUGAGCACAAUAAUACAAAUACAGGAAAUGCCAGUGAUGGCUGCCAGAUCGCUGAGAGGAAAAGUGAGAAGACAUCAGAGGUAGCCUGUGAAGCAAGCAAAGUCUCUGGGAAAGAGGAAGAAGAAACUGUGAAUGCAGAGAAUAUGGAUGACGGGUGUCAGAUUGCACCUUGUGAGAAUGAAUGUCACGAGGAAAUACCUGUGGAACAUUCAGUUGAGAAUCUUCAAACAGAAGAAGCCUCUCUGCAUGAAGAUGGCAUGAUUUCUGAUAGUCUACCUUGUAGGCCAGGGAUGGAGCCAGAGGUAGAAGCUGUAACUGUUGAAGAGGAUAAUGAAAAUACUGUGGAAGCCUCUAAGUCAGAUGAGUUGCAACUCAAAGACAAUGAGGUGGAAGCAAACAGCCUCAGCAAAAGUGUCCCAAGUUCGCCUGAAGAGGUCCCACUUGAGGACAACUUAGAAAUCUGUAAGCAUGGCAAAAUUAAUGUAGAAUGUGGGACCAAAUGUGUUUUGCGUGAAAAUCUAGCAGUCCCUGAAGUGGUCAUUGUGACUGAUGAAUUGGAGGAAAGAGAAACUAGCAGUGAUUCCCUAGAUGAUCCUUAUGUGCUUCCUGAAGAAAAUGAAAUUGUCCAUGAUGUGCAGACUGAUUUAGGAGCUGAUCACAGUAAAAAGGGUGAAUUAGGCAUGGAUGGUGAAAACAACUUGCUGCCCAUUGAUCGUAAAAGUAUUGUCACUAGAACACGAUCUCUCUCUGGGAGAAUGCCAGGCUAUGUCCCAGAAACUGUUCCAGAAGAAACUGGACCUGAAACUGAUUUGCCCUCUUCCCGAAAUGGCUGUGGGACAGAAGACUUGAGCAAUAAUUCCUUUUCAUUGGAGGGAAAACCAGUGGAAGCCAACAGGGCUUUACCAACCAAGUCAAGACGCUUUCUUUUAUAUCCUCGAUCUUAUUCUGUUGAAGGGAGAGAGAUACCUAUCUCUGUUUACAGAGAAAGUGAUGUCUGUGUACUGGAUGGUGUUAGAAUAAAAAGGACAGAAGAUAACUUGUCCUUGCCUUGUGUCAAUGGUUCCUCAGGUAGUUUUUCCCAGCAAAAUCAUCUCUCAUCAUGUGGCAUAUCUACUCCAUCCUCAGUUGUUGAUAUACCACCUCCGUUUGAACUUGCCUACAUCACCAAAAAGCCAAUCACUAAAAGUUCACCUUCCCUUUUGAUAGAGAAUGACUCACCUACUAAGUAUUCCAAGAAAAAGAAGUCUUCUUUUAAGAGGUUUCUUACUCUAAAGUUCAAGAAGAAAAGUGAGAAUAAAGUUCACGUAGAUGUUAAUGUUUCUUCUUCAAGGUCCUCAUCAGAGUCCAGCUAUCAUGGGCCUCCUAGGCUGAUGGAGCUGGAAGGAAGGAGCCUAAGUAGCUCACCUCAACUAAAAUCGCAUGUGGGUAAGCUCCGUGCAUCUGAGUCUCCCUCAGCUGUUCUUUUCUAUAAGGAUGGUAAAAGAAAAGGAACGCUCAAGUCCUUCAGCAGGAGUGUGUCAAGGGUGGAAUCCUUUGAGGACCGGUCCAGACCUCCUUUCAUGCCACUGCCAUUAACGAAACCUAGGUCUAUUUCUUUUCCCAAUGCUGACACAUCUGACUAUGAGAACAUUCCUGCUAUGAGUUCUGACUAUGAAAACAUACAAAUUCCUCCUCGGAGAUCCACCAGAGCAGGAACCUUUACCGAGUUUUUUGAAGAUCCCAGCAGGGCAUUAUCUGCUGCUAAUGAGAAUGAUGGCUAUGUGGAUAUGAGCAGCUUCACUGGCUUUGAAAACAAGCAGCAAACCACAGACCAGGAAACAGAAAGUGCCUACACUGAGCCCUACAAGGUGUGCCCAGUCUCUGUGACACCAAUGGAAGUAGUCACAUCAGAUGAGGAACAGAAGAGUUCAGAAGAUGAUGAAAGUAGCCUUGGUGAUCCCAGUCUCACCAACAAGAAAGAAGGCCAGUCCAGAGCUUACCUCAUUGCCCAGGAACUAAUGUCUUCAGAAAAAGUAUAUGUGGAAAUGCUCCAGUUGUUACGUAUGGAUUUCUAUGAAGGUAUCUUGAAAGUGCUCGGAGAUGAUGAUGAAAAUGAACAAGAGGAAGUUAAACUCAAGCAAGGUUUAAGUGAACUCCCUGAAAUUUAUGAAUUACACCAAGACAUCCUGGAAGAACUGGAAGAGAGAGUCCUUAAAUGGGAUGAGCACCAGAAAGUUGCUGAUGUUUUUCUCUCCAGAAAAUCAAGGCUGCAUCACCACUCAGCAUUCAUUAUGCAGUUUGACAGAAAUUUGGCUUUGCUAGAUGAAAUGUGCCUUAAAUAUUCCCAACUGGCUACCAUGAUUCAGGAGUUUGAGCAAAGCUCCAGUGACAGCCCUUACAGUGUGAAACACCAGCUUCUGAAAGUGGUACACCGUGUCUUCCAGUAUCGUGUGAUGCUCACAGAUUACUUGAAUAAUCUUUGUCCUGAUUCUACAGAGUAUGAAGCCACACAAGCUGCCUUAUUCAUUGUUUCUGAAAUCACGGACCAAGCCAAUGACAGCAUGCUCCAAGCGGAAAACUUGCAGAAGCUAGUACACAUUGAGCACAGUGUGAGAGGGCAGAGCGGCCUCCUCCAGCCAGGAAGGAUCUUUGUUAAAGAGGGAACGCUGAUGAAAGUCUCUGGCAAAAACAGGCAUCCUCGACAUUUGUUCUUGAUGAAUGAUGUUCUGCUGUACACAUAUCCCCAGAAGGAUGGCAAAUACCGACUGAAAAACACUUGGGCUGUGUCAGGCAUGAAGGUCAGUCGCCCAGUGAUAGAGAAAGCCCAAAACAUCCUGAAGAUUGAAUAUGAUGAGCAUUGCCUGACCCUGUCAGCAAGCUCUUGCUCAGAAAGGGAUGACUGGUACAGCUGCAUCACCAAACACAUCCCAGAUGACUGCAAAGCUCACAAGACUUCGACUUUCCACAGUAGCGUGGAGUUAAGGGAAAGGCUUGGAAUACCCUUGGGUGAGAGGCCUCCUACACUGGUGCCCGUGUCCCAUGUCAUGAUGUGCAUGAACUGUGGCUGUGACUUUACCCUCACUUUGAGGCGACAUCAUUGCCAUGCCUGCGGGAAGAUUGUAUGUCGAAAUUGUUCAAGAAACAAGUACCCUAUGAAGUACCUCAAAGAUCAAGCAGCAAAAGUCUGUGAUAGCUGCUAUGUGGAACUUAAGAAAAGAGAGCGGCCACUAAGUGUGAGCUUCCCUCCAGCUUCAUCUAGGUGUUCAAGCAGUGCUUUCUCCUCUGUUUUCCACAAUAUUCAUUAUUCAUCUUUUAAGAAACAGAAGAAAAUCCCUUCAGCUCUCAUGGAGGUGGCAGCCUCAGGAGAGGGAGCUACCAUCAGUGGUUACCUCAGCAGAUGUAAGGGAGGCAAAAGACACUGGAAGAAACGCUGGUUUGUUAUCAAAGGCAAAGUCCUCUACACCUACCUAGCAAAUGAGGACAAAGUUGCUACAGAAAGUUUGCCUUUGUUGGGUUUCACCAUUGCCCCAGAAAAGGAGGAAGGAAGCAUGGAUACAGUUUUUCAUCUCUACCACAAGCAGACCCUCUUUUACAGCUUCCGAGCAGAGGAUAACAAUUCAGCACAUAGGUGGAUUGAAGCCAUGGAAGAAGCAUCCAUAUUAUAGCAGCUUUCACUCAAUGAACUUGGAAUAAAUCCUCAGAUUUCUAUACAUUUCCAGCAACACUCUUCUGACUUACAAAACUGAACAGUGUAUUUCAGGCCCACUGGCCCCACACACUGGAUCUGAACUGUUUCCAGCUUGCUCUUUUUCUUCCUUCUUCUUACAUACACAUUGUUGCAAAUGAAAAUAUCAAGAUAAGAGAUUAUUUAUGGUGAUCUUUAUGUCUGUGCAAGUUCAGCCUGUACUAUAAGCUUCUCUUCUGAUCCCACAGUAAACUAAGUUUAACAUCAAGACCUGGAAAUACUGACUACAGUAAGUAACAGACUCAGUUUUACUUAUUCCAGAGCACUAUUGUAUCUCAUUGGGUUGGUUUUGAUGUCUACUGUGACAUGAGAAACAAUGCAGUAAACAACAAAUGAUCAUUUAAA